ACAAUGGAAAACUAUGAUGAGUCUGCUGAUGUUGAUGUUGAUGUUGAUUCCAUUCAUUCAAGUGAACGUGAUUCAUGGGACGAGGAGUUGGACGAUGAAGAAAGUUAUUCGAUAUCUAAUAUGAAUCAAAAAUCAGUGGAUGGCGAUCAUUCAGCUGAUAAUGGCAAUGAUGAUGGAGAUGCAGUUGGAUGCAAUAGCCAGAUAAGGUUUGAUACCAUAACUGCUGAAGAAAUUCGUUCUAUGGAAUUUGCCACUCUUAAUGAAGCUUAUGACUUUUAUUACCGUUAUGGUAAGUAUAAUGGUUUUGCUGUUAGGAAAGGUGAUAGUAGGGUAAGAGGUAGUGAAGGUAAUAAAGUAAUAAAAAUGAAGCAGUUUGUAUGCAACAAACACGGUGUAAGAGAGAAGAGACACUUAGUUAGGGUAGAUAGGAAAUUAGAACAUAGACGGUUGACCCGCACUAAAUGUGGAGCCAGGCUUCGUGUGAAAUACAAAGCUGAAAAAGAUAGAUAUGUAGUUUCAGCUUUUGAAGAGACUCAUAACCAUGAAUUAACCCCAGCUAGGUUUGUGCACUUACACCCCGUAUAUCGUAAAAUUUCUGAAGUAGAUAAGGCUCAGGUGGAUAGUCUUCAGAAACGUGGCAUUAGAACAUGUCAUAUAAUGGGGUACAUGGUUGCACAGAAGGGUGGAUAUGCUGAUGUUGGUUUUACAAAGAAAGAUUUGUACAACUAUUUUGAUAAAAAAAUGCGUGCUGUUAUUAAAGAUGGUGAUGUUGCCGCAGCUUUAAACUACCUGAAUAUGAAGUCGUCUAGUGAUCCCAUGCUUUAUGCUGAGUAUGCUGUAGACAACGUUAAUGGAAGAAUGAAGACUCUUUUUUGGGCUGAUGGGAUUAGUAGGACCGACUAUUUUUGUUUUGGUGAUGUGCUUGCAUUUGACACGACUUACAGGAAGAACAAGUACAACUAUCCGUUGGUUGUAUUUUCAGGGUGUAACCACCACUCUCAAACAGUAAUUUUUGGUGCUGCAUUGGUGUCAGAUGAAACGACGGAGACGUAUAAGUGGGUGUUGAGGUGUUUCCUAGAAUGCAUGGAAGGUAAACAACCAAAAGCGGUGGUAACAGAUGGGGAUGGGGCAAUGAGAGAGGCCAUAAAACAGAUAUUUCCCGAUGCUAACCAUAGGUUAUGUGCUUGGCAUUUGAAUAAGAAUGCAAGUGAGAAUGUGAAGAACGGAAAUAAUUUUUUGGACGGUUUUUCAAAGGCCAUGUACUCAAAUUUUACAAUAGAUGAAUUUGAAGAGUAUUGGUCACAAAUGAUUAAAGAAAAUGGAGUGCAAGGACAUCCUUGGGUAGUCAAAACGUACGAGAAUAGGUCACUGUGGGCUACUGCAUAUCUACGAGAUAAUUUUUUUGGACGUAUAAGAACUACGUCGCAGUGCGAAGCUGUUAAUGCAAUAAUUAAGAGUUAUGUCAGGAAGCAAGGAUGCAUUUUUGAAUUUAUGAACAACUUUGAUCAGGCUUUGAGAGAUUAUAGAAAUAAUGAGUUGGUUGCUGAUUUUAAAUCAUCGUCUACAGAUCCUGUGUUGUCGACGCAACUGCCUGUGAUUGAGAGUCAUGCUGGUAAAAUAUAUACGGCGGAGCUUUUCAAAGAAGUUAGACAUGAAAUAUUGAAAGCCGGUGAAUUGAUAGUUAGGGAGAAAAGCGAAGUCGGGGGUAGGAAGGCUUAUAGAUUGACAAAAUAUUGUAAGGAUGGUUAUGAAAGAAGUGUUGUUUAUGAUGGUUCGACAUUUGAGUGUUCAUGUAAGAGGUUUGAGUCCCGUGGCAUUCCGUGUUCUCAUAUUUUUUACGUAAUGAAGGAAGAACACGUUGAUCGUAUCCCAAGCAAUUUGGUUUUGACGCGAUGGACCAAGGAUGCAAAAAUUCAGUUUUUGAACACCAGCAAUUUUAAUGAUAAUGUUGAUUUGAAUACGAUUGCCGAAGCUCGUUUUGGUUCAUAUUGUACUGUUUUAACAGAGUUCUGCAAAGAAGCUUCAAAAAAAGAUGGUGUUUAUGCACAAAUAAUGGAAGACCUGAUGCAGCUGAAAAAAAAGUAUUGCAGUAAAGAUGAUGAUGCAAUCGGUACACAAAAGUCAGCAGUAGGCGAUCCAGUUAUGGUUAAGUGUAAAGGUGCUCCAAAGAAAAAGAAUAAUGUCGCAAAAUCUGGCAGGCGCCGUUCAAAUGGCAAAAAUACAACUCCUAAUUCGAAGAGAUGUUCGGGUAAACAACAAACGACAGAACAAGUGGCAGAACCGAAUGUCGAUUUGUACUCGGUGUCGAUUUCUGAUUCUGUAAGCCAAAUUGCUGAGAAAAGGAAAAGAAAAGAAGCUUGCAAUGUUCAAAGAAGUGUGCAAAACAAAACUUUGUAUCCGCCGAGAUACCGCGCUGCUACCGUUACGACACCUGAACAUAUGGAAUUACAGAGCACAAGCAGAAUUAUGAAUCAACAACUGUAUCCUAUGAUGCCUAUCGUACAUCCGAUGAUUCAACCGAUGCCCCUACAACCCAUAUACCCAAUGUAUGGACUGCAACCUGGAAUGCAACAAGGAAUGCAACAUGGAACGAAUGUUGGUCAAAGUUCAUGCUAUGGUCUGCUACAACAUGUUAUGAAAUCUGCUAAGAAUGAUUGACUAUUUUGAGUAGAUUUGAAUGUAUUUUGGUAAUAGUUAGGUAAUGUUUAUGGAUGAUUUUGGGUGUAAUGUUUGUGAAAUUGAUGCAAGUUCAUAUUGUUUGCUGAAUAUGAACACUGAUUCAGGCUUAUAUUGAUGGUUGGAAGGUUUUCUUGAUGCAAAUUUUAUAAAACUGAAGGUUGAAUGUGAUAUUAUUUUAAGAU